AUGUCUCCUGUCGACACCAGUGAAUUUACUAGCAAAGACUAUUACUUUGAUUCAUAUGCCCAUUUUGGCAUUCAUGAGGAAAUGUUGAAGGAUGAAGUUCGUACCUUGUCUUACCGAAAUUCAAUCUACAACAACAAACAUCUUUUCAAGGAUAAGAUCGUCCUUGACGUUGGUUGCGGUACUGGUAUCUUGUCUAUGUUCGCUGCCAAGGCUGGUGCUAAGCAUGUCUAUGGUAUUGAUAUGUCAAACAUCAUUCACCAGGCUCGUGUGAUUGUAAAGGAUAAUGGUUUCGAGGACAAGAUUACACUUAUUCAAGGCAAAAUGGAAGAAGUUCAGUUACCUGUCGAUAAGGUGGAUAUCAUCAUUUCCGAAUGGAUGGGUUACUUCUUACUAUAUGAAUCUAUGCUUGAUACAGUCCUUGUUGCUAGAGACAAGUACUUGGCACCUGGAGGUUUAAUCUUCCCUGACAAAGCAACCAUGUGCAUCGCAGCUAUUGAAGAUGGUGAUUAUAAAGAAGAAAAGAUUGGCUUCUGGGACAAUGUGUACGGUUUCGACUAUUCCUCCAUCAAGAAACUUGCUGGCAAAGAACCUUUAGUCGAUGUAGUGGAGUCACGAGCUGUUGUGACAGAUGCUUGCGCUUUUAGAGAAAUUGACAUUGCCACUGUCAAAAAAGAAGAUUUGACCUUCCAAGUCCCUUUCAAGAUUACAGCUCAACGUGAUGAUUAUGCCCAUGCCUUUAUCGCUUGGUUCGAUAUUGGUUUUACACAUUGUCACAAGCCUGUAUACUUCUCUACAGGGCCAUUCGCUAAGUAUACUCAUUGGAAGCAAACUGUUUUUUAUACAACAGAUGCCUUGAUUUUGAAGCAAGGAGAUACGAUUGAAGGUCAAUUAUCUUGUGCUCCCAACAAGUCUAAUCCUAGAGAUUUGGAUAUUGUCAUUGACUACAAAUCCACAACAGAGAAUGGUACUUUCCAAGAAACCUGCGCAUACAAAAUGUCAUAA